CGCGACUGCGCCACGGACACACGGACGAGCUUCAAAACGACUGAUACCCGUAGUAGACAGCGCUGUACGGUUUACUCCGGAACGGGACUAACGGGACACGGUGCCGUUUCGCACUUUAAACGGAUUGGCUCGCUCUGGCACGGGAUUGUGAGAAAGUUUUUUUGUCUAUAGGCGCGUUUGAACUCCGGUAGGCUGGAAUUUUAACGCUCCCGUGAUUUGCUCGGACUUUUUAUCAAUCGGAUUGUGUCGCUAUGGCUCGGUUUGAGUUCGGGUUUGCGCUACUGGUGCUCGUGUUCGGGCUCGCGCACCCGUUCGGGGACGAGGAGGAGAUGACCUGCGACCCGAUCCGCAUCUCCAUGUGUCAGGAUUUAGGCUACAAUGUGACCAAGAUGCCGAAUCUGGUGGGAAACGUGCUACAAUCCGACGCCGAGCUGCAACUGACCACAUUUACACCCCUCAUACAGUACGGCUGCUCGAGCCAGCUGAAGUUCUUCUUAUGCUCCGUCUAUGUUCCCAUGUGCACGGAGAAGGUGCCCAUCCCGAUCGGGCCGUGCGGCAGCAUGUGCAUGUCCGUCAAACGGAAGUGUCUCCCAGUUCUCCAGGAGUUUGGCUUCGUGUGGCCGGAGCUCCUAAACUGCAGCCUUUUCCCGCCUACCAACGACCAGAAUCACAUGUGCAUGGAGGGUCCCGGAGACGAGGAUCCGCCAUUUCACGCUGUCCGUCCUGUGGCGCCGCAGGAGGAGGAGUGCAUUGCUUUGGGUGCCGGCGUGGAGCAGUAUGCAUGGGUGAAGCGCAGUGGGAGCUGCUCGCUGCAGUGUGGAUAUGACACGGGAUUGUAUCGCAGACAAGCUAAAGUCUUCACGGAUGUGUGGAUGGCGGUUUGGGCGGUCCUCUGCUUUAUUUCUACCACGUUCACCGUGCUUACAUUCCUAGUCGACUCCUCUCGGUUUUCCUAUCCAGAAAGACCGAUCAUUUUCCUCAGCAUGUGCUGCAAUAUUUAUAGUGUGGCGUUCAUCGUGCGGUUAACAGUCGGUCGCGAACGCAUUUCUUGCGAUCUGGAGGAAGCAGCAGUACCAGUGCUAGUGCAGGAGGGGCUUAAGAACACAGGUUGUGCCAUCGUUUUCCUCCUUACGUAUUUCUUCGGCAUGGCCAGCUCCAUCUGGUGGGUGAUCUUAACGCUCACGUGGUUUUUGGCGGCGGGCUUGAAAUGGGGUCACGAGGCCAUCGAAAUGCACAGCUCAUACUUCCACAUAGCAGCAUGGGCGAUUCCUGCCGUCAAGACUAUCGUCAUACUCAUCAUGCGAUUAGUGGACGCUGACGACCUCGCAGGGAUGUGUUAUGUGGGAAACCAGAAUCUUGAUGCGCUCACUGGAUUCGUUGUCGCACCGCUUUUUACAUAUCUGGUCAUCGGAACGCUGUUUAUUGCUGCCGGCUUGGUGGCGCUGUUUAAGAUUCGCUCCAAUUUACAAAAAGACGGAACGAAGACGGAUAAACUAGAAAGACUGAUGGUGAAAAUUGGUGUUUUUUCUGUGCUAUACACGGUGCCGGCUACUUGCGUCAUUGCGUGCUACUUUUAUGAAAUCUCCAACUGGGCUGACUUUCGUCAGACAGCACGGGAUUCGUACAUGGCGGCGGAGAUGCUGCGGAUUUUUAUGUCUUUGCUUGUUGGAAUCACGUCAGGAAUGUGGGUCUGGUCUGCAAAGACACUUCACACAUGGCAGAGAUGUUCCCACCGGCUUGUGCACACCGGCCGAAAUAAUCGCGUCAAACGGACUGCCAAUGGCUGGGUCAAACCGGGCAAAGGAAACGAGACGGUUGUGUGACCUGCACCCGCAGAUACUCUUGUCAUGUAGCACUAUCGUUCGCUCACUUUACGCAAAACGUUCUUAAAGAUGAUCUUACACUGGACGGUCCUGAUGCAGCAGUUUUUUUUCGUGUAAAUAUGCACUAUGCCUAACUUCAAACUCUCACUGAAGUGCCUUCGUUUGUACCGACAAGCUACUCAACCCAACCUGGUGCUGGAUUCUGGGAAAUGUAGUUUUUUUUUUGCUCCUCAGUGCCGUUUACCUCGCAAUACGUGAACUCCUGUGACAGAACGCUUACGAAACCUGAUCAAACUGCACAGCAAACAUGAAUUUCUCACUUCAUGUUUUUGGCUUGUUCUCCAGUACAAAAGAGACAAAAUCUAAAUUAAAUCUAAUUAUAUUGUUUUCUUAAGUUACAAACGUACAACAAAAACUAAAUAUAAGAUAUUUGUACUAAAAAAUAUUUCAAGAUGACUAUCAAAUUUUUUUUUGUUUGAAAAACAUAGUAAACUUAAGUGAGUUUAUGGAUAAAACUAUAAUAAAUAUCAACAUUUUUCAGGAAAUAACUUAUCGAAAAUAUCGAAAGUCAUUUUGCUUUGAGUUUUUAACAACUAUUAGAUAUUAUACUAGAAAACAAUUCAAGAUAACAAUUGAUUAAUUGCUUUCUGAAAAACAUUAACUUAAGUGUGUUUAUGGAUAAAACAAUAAAAGAUAUCUGACCUUUUUCUGAAAAUUUUCUUAAUAUCGAAAGUCAUUUUGCAUUGAGUUUUUAACAACUAUUAGAUAUGUGUAGUCAAACAAUGUAAGUUAAAUUCUUAUGUAUUGUUUUCUGAAAAUCGUAGCAAACUUUAAAAAAAAAAUACAUAUCUAGGACUCCAAGACUCUAAAUUUUAAGUCGCCUUGCUUUUUUCUUUUCUUUUUGGAGUAUUUAACAACAAUUUUAUAUUAACAACGCAAAAUGACAUGGAUAAAAAAUGUUAAAACAAGUACAAAUAUCUGAAAUUUAGCUUUUUAAACAUUUAUUCUAUAUUUAUACUAGAAAAUGAAGAUGACUUAAGUCUGAUAUGUUUUUCAUUUUAAGUCAUCUUGCUUCAUUAUCAAAAUGACUCAAUAUAAAGUUUUUUUCUGAUAAAUGUCAGAUAUUUGUUAAUGUUUUAGCCAUAAACUCGCUUGGGUUUGAUAGGAAACAAUGCAUCUUAGGCAAUUUUAAUAAUUUUCUAGUACAAAUAUAGUACAGUUGGUCUUAAAAAAAGCAAAAUAAGCCAUUUUAGUUUUUUUCUUUCUGAAAAUUGUCAGAUAUUUGUUACUGUUUUAGCCAUGAACUCACUUAAGUUUGAUAGUAAACAAUGCAUCUUAGGCAGUCUUACUUAAUUAUCUAGUACAAAUAUAGUACAGUUGUUUGUAAAAAAUAAUAAUAAUUAUUAUUAGUUUUAUAAUAUUAGUUUAGCCAUAUUAGUUUUUUUUCUUGAAAAAUGUCAGCUAUUUGUUAUUGUUUUAGCCAUUAACUCACUUAAAUGCAUUGUUUUUGAACAUGUAUCAAACCUAAGUGAGUUCAUGAUUAAAUAUAAUACAAACAUGCUAUAGUUGUUCAAAAAAGCUAAAUUACUUAAGUUUUUUCAAAAAAAUGUCAUAUAUUUGUAAUUGUUUUAAGCAUAAACUCACUUAAGAUGCAGUUUUCAAACAUGUAUCAAAAUUAAGCGAACUCAUGAUUAAAUCAAGAACAAAUAUAGUAUAGUUGUAAAAAAAGCUAAAUUAGUAAAUAUGAAGUUUUUUUCCUGAAAAAUGAUAUUGUGAAACAAUAUCAAAUGAGAUUUGAUAUUGUUUCAACCAUAAACUCACUUAAGAUGCAAUGUUUUUAAACAUGUAACAAACUUAAGCAAGUUCAUAAUAAAUCUAGUACAAAUGUAGUUUAAAAAAAGCAAAAUGACUCGAUAUUAAGGUUUUUUACUGAAAAAAUGUCAGACAUUUGCUAUCGUUUUAACUAUAAACUCAUUUAAGAUGCAGUUUUCAAAAAUGUAUUAAACUUAAGUGAGUUCAUGAUUAAAAUAAGUGCACAUAUAGUAGCAAAAAAGCUAAAUUAGUCAAUACUAUUAUUUUUUUUCCUGAAAAAUGUCAGAUAUUAGUUAUUGUUUAAACCAUAAACUCACUUAAGAUGCAUUAUUUUUAAACAUGUAUCAAACUUAAGCGAGUUCAUAACUAAAUCUAGUACAAAUAUAGUAUAGUUGUUAAAAAAAGAUAAAUGACUUGCAAUAUUUUGUUUAUUUUUUUCUGAAAAAUGGCAGAUAUUUGUUAUCGUUUUAACCAUAAACUCACUUAAGAUGCAUUACUUUCAAACAUGUAUAAAACUUAGGCGAGUUCAUGAUUAAGUCUAGUACAAAUAUAGUAUAGUUGUUUUAAGAAGCAAAAUUAGGCAAUAUUAAAUCUUUCUCUCAAAAAAUGUUAGAUAUUUGUUAAUGUUUUAGACAUAAACUCACUUAAGUUUGAUAGAAAACAAGGCAUCUUAAGUCAUCAUACUUCAUUUCUACUGCAAAUAUAGUACAGUUGUUUUAAAUAAGCUAAAUUAGUAAAUACUAAGAUUUUUCCUGAAAAGUUACUUAUGUUUGUUAAUGUUUUAGCCAUAAACUCACUUAAGAUGCAUUGUUUUGAACAUGUAUCAAACUCAAGUGAGUUCAGGAUUAAAUAUAAUACAAAUACAUUAUAGUUGUUAAAAAAGCAAAAUUAGUAAACAUUAAGUUUUUUUUCUGAAAAUUGUCAGAUAUUUGUUACUGUUUUAACCAUAAACUCACUUAAGAUGCAUUGUUUUCAAGUAUCAAAUUUAAGCGAGUUCAUGUUUAAAUCUAGUACAAAUAUAGUAUAGUUGUUAAAAAAGCUAAAUUAGUAAAUAUUAAGUUUAUUUUUUCCUGAAAAUUUUCAUAUAUUUGUUAUUGUUUUAGCCAUAAACUCACUUAAAUGCAUUGUUUUUAAACAUAUAUCAAACUUAAGCGAGUUCAUGAUUAAAUCUAGUACAAAUAUAGUAUAGUUGUUAAAAAAGCAAAAUAUGCCAAUAUUAACUUUUUUUCUGAAAAAUGUCAGAUAUUUGUUAUUGUUUUAUCCAUAAAUUCACUUAAGAUGCAUCGUUUUCAAACAAGUAUCAAUUUUAAGCGAGUUCAUGAUUAAAUCUAGUACAAAUAAAGUAUAGUUGUUGAGAAAGCUAAAUUAGUAAAUAUUAAGUUUAUUUUUUCCUAACAUUGUUCAUAUAUUUGUUAUUGUUUUAGCCAUAAACUCACUUAAGAUGCAUCGUUUUUAAACAAGUAUCAAACUUAAGCGAGUUCAUGAUAAAAACGAGUACAAAUAUCAGACAUUUUUCAGAAAACAAGACUUAAUCUCUGGACAUUCUGCUUUGAGUAUUUUACAAACAUUAGAUAUUUGUUCCCGGAAACAAGGCAAAAAUACUGGGUAAGAAAAUAAUUGGCAGUGCUGGUUUACACUUAAUGUUGGAAAUGUUUUAUUAUUUUUAUUGUGAAAUGAGAAUGUGAGCAGGUUGAAAUGCAAGAGAAGUAUAUGUAGAGGUUGCUUAAUAACAAGCCACUGCAGUUCUACUGUUUUAAGAUGCCUCAAACUUGUGCAAAUUUCCAAAUUGCCACAAAAAGUUGUCAAGAGCUAAAAAAAAAAGGCUUUAUAAAUGACUGCGCAGAGAUUUCACUAUAGUUGACCUUUAAUAUUUAGUUAUUUUUGAUAUGACAAAGUUAUGAUGCUUGUUUUGUUGUGUUUUUGUUUGCGCUGUCAGACACACUUUCACUCUGAAUAUGACACAUGACAAUCACUGAGCGGGCCUCCAUAGGGGCUCCCGUAGGGUCGCUGAAUGUACUGACCGAAGAAAAAAAGGUUUUAUUUUUAUACACGAACAAUUGAAGAAGUGCCUCACAUGCCGGUGGUACAGUCCUGGAUUUCAUGAAGGACUUCUGGAUCGAUUUGUACAUAAACUGAUGUUUGUUAGUUGUUGUUUUUGUGUUAUGAAAUGCUAAUUUAUCUUUGUAAAAAAAAAACUAAGGAAGUGAACAAAAAUGAAUUUAUUUAAGAAUGCUUUUGUAUCGAAUGACAAAAAUUAAACGUUGAAAACAAGUUUCAA